GAGGCUCCCCACCCCACACAAAUCAAACGCUGCCAAUUUCCAGACAAAAUUCCAAAUGCAAAAGACUCUCAUUUCGUUUCCCUUGUGUCGGUUUCUUUUCUUCCUUCAUUCAUGCCCUCACUUCUUUCCACACCAUUUCUCUUUCUCCCUAAAACUCCCCUUAACUCCGUUACAAGGUCCAGGAUGUCCACCGCCACCACUGCCUCCAAACCGCUUCUUCGUGGCGUCGUUUUCGACAUGGAUGGAACCCUAACGGUCCCGGUCAUCGAUUUCGCCGCAAUGUACAAGUCCGUCCUCGGAGAAGACCAGUACACACGAGUUAAAGCGGAAAACCCCACCGGGAUCGAUAUUUUGCACCAUAUUGAGAAUUGGAGCCCCGAUAAGCAGCGCCAAGCCUAUCAAAUUAUCGCUGAUUUUGAACGCCAGGGCCUUGAUCGCCUCCAAAUCAUGCCUGGUGCAGCGCAGCUUUGUGGGUUUCUUGAUUCAAAGAAAAUAAGAAGGGGAUUGGUAACUCGUAAUUUUAAGGAAGCAGUUGAAAUUUUUCAUCAGCGUUUUGGGGUAACAUUUUCACCUGCACUAAGCAGGGAGUUUCGUCCUUAUAAACCUGAUCCAGCUCCGUUACUCCAUAUUUGUUCAACAUGGGGAGUUCAACCCAAUGAAGUCAUGAUGGUUGGCGAUAGCCUAAAAGAUGAUAUUGUUUGCGGGAAACGAGCAGGAGCAUUCACAUGCUUGCUUGAUGAAAAGGGGAGGUAUAGCAUCACUGAUUUUGCCAAGUUGGAUGCACAGCCAGAUUUCAAGGUGUCUUCACUCACUGAGGUUUACUCACUAUUAGAAGCAAAUUUUGACCUGAUACCAUGAUUUCCUACUCUGUGAGUAAGCUUUGUCCUGGGAAGAUGUAGACUAGUUGUUCUGAUAUAUUGUUUGUCAAUUGUCCUUGUAUUGUCCAUCAAGUGUAACACCUUUCAUCCACAAUGAGUUUGGAAGUAGAACCUCUGGUUGAAUUUUGCGUAGAAUAAAGAGUAAACCUUAGUGACAUGGAGAGCUAUGGGAAUUUCAGAAAUUCAUUUUAAUAUGGAAGUUCUGUUCCCAGAAUAUAGGUAUUAGUUUUUUGGCUUGUGACUGUAAUUCUUGUCUGCGAAAGAGCAGAACAUUGCUACGAAGUAUAUUUUUGUGGCUAAGAAUUAGGAGGCAUAGGCAAGUUUUGUCGAUUUUGUAUUAUGUAUUAAUUUGCAGACGCUCAUGAUCCUCAAUUUGGCAAACAAAACUGUUGUUGUA